AGUUCAUUAUUACUUAAUUUUCGUUAUUGUAUUUGAUUUUUGCCGUAAAAAUUAUUCGAUUGCAUCUCACGCGAGAUGUUUUCGUUUAAAGAACUUCACAUUUCCAUCAUGUUGCUUUGCGGUUUUUGAAAAGGAAAUAAUAUUUUAAAAUGUCAUCACCUUCCCAUACAUCAGAAUAUUCAUAUUUGGGACCAUUGUCAACAUCAACUCUUUAUGGACACAAUGAAGAUUGGCAAUGGUCACCUGAAGACCAGUACAAUCACUAUACGUACCUCACAUCUAGCAGUACAAGUCAAGAACCUCUGGACUAUAGCAUUGGAUCCUCAAUGUUUUUCUCAGGUGAAGAAAAUGUCGAUAGUUCCUCUUACAAAGGAAAACCAAUGAAUUCUGAUAGUGGUUAUCCUAUGGAUAGUAAUGAAAGGCUGGAAGAAAGACCAGCUGAUGAACAAGUUUUUGAAACAUUAGGACAAACUGUGAAACACGAUCCUUAUCAGUAUGAAGACUAUGAUGAUAUUCCACCUCAACCUAAAAAAAGAGGAAGAAAGAAGAAAGAACCAAAUGGAAUCAGCUAUGAAUACAUUAAUACUCCUGAUGGUGUGAAAUGUGUCAAGCAAGAAAGAAUAACAGAAACAUUUAAACAGAGAAAACGGAUGGAUAGAUUUGAUGGAAUGCCUGAAGAAGAGGUUAUGAAGAAGUCACUACCAGACCAUUUAAGCCAUGGUCUAGAUAUUGUUAUUAUUGGCAUCAAUCCAGGCUUAAUGGCUGCUUAUAAAGGGCAUCAUUAUGCUGGUCCAGGAAAUCAUUUUUGGAAAUGCCUUUUUUUGUCUGGUCUUAUUCCCGAACCCAUGAGUGCUGUAGAUGAUUUCAAAUUGAUCUCUCACGGUAUAGGUUUUACUAACAUUGUUCCUCGCCCUACUAAAGGAAGUGCUGACUUAAGUAGGAAAGAAAUAAGAGAAGGGGCUGAGAUUUUACUCUCAAAGCUUCGUAAAUAUCAACCUAAAAUUGCUGUGUUUAAUGGAAAAAUGAUAUAUGAAGUUUUCUCAGGAAAGAAAAAUUUCGAUUUUGGAAGACAACCAGAUCCGAUACAAGGAACUGGAAUCUCUGUUUUCGUCAUGCCUUCUUCAAGUGCAAGAUGUGCUCAAUUACCUAGAGCUGUUGAUAAAGUUCCAUUCUAUAUUGCUCUUAAAAAGUUAAGGGAUCAUUUGUGUGGUGCACUUCCUGAUCUAGACUUUUCUGAAGUGUCAUUUCCAGAUGUUAAAUUAAAAGUUGAGGUGAAAGAGGACAAUCAUGAGGAAUGUUAUUCUGACUAUCGUAGAAAUGAUGUUAGUGCUACGGUACAUCGAAGUCUAGAAACAGAAACAGAAAUGAGAAUGAUGAUUCCUGUGCGUGGAAAACGUGGAAGAAAGAGGAAAACUGAUUUGGGUCGAUAUCCUGUGCCUGUUGUUCAUACGGAUGGUGUUCCUGUACGGUCUCGUGGGCGUGGUUCUGGUAGACGUGGAAGAGGAAGAAGACCGGUUGAACAUAGUGGAUAUAGUCCAUCAGGAUCGUCUUGGUCUGGAUCUUCUACAGUUACCUCACCUUAUUUUGCUACUGAUGCUCCAGCUCCUCAGCAUAGUUGGCAGCAUUGGCAAGAGAACCAAAAUGGGACUGAGACUUCAUUCCAGGAUCAGUCACAAACUCAUAAUAUGAGUCCUGUUCAUAGCUAUCAGAUGCCACAUACUGAACAUGCUGCCAAGCAGCCACAAAAUAACCAAUAUUAUGAAAGCUAUAAUAGGCCAUAUAUGGGUUACUCUCAGACUGACUGUUCAUAUGUACCUCAGGUUGAUACAUAUGCCAAAGUUAAAGAUGAAUGUUAUGAUACAAAUUUUAGUGAGUACUAAUGCAACACGUUUAAUAAUUGUAAGUGGUCUUGUCUGUUUUAUUUUCCCCCAUAAUAAUGCAGUUAAAAAAAAAGGCAAACUGCAUAGUAACGUUUUUAGGAUAACAUUUUGCUUUGGUACUUUUGUUUAAUAAUGUAAACAUGGGUAUCAAGUAAUUUAUUUCCUUUAUGCCAGUAUUAAAACAAAAUAUAAUUUUUAUCGAUUAAUCUGUUAUUACAAUUCAUAUACAUUUGUUAUUUUCAAAAUUAUAUUAAGUAUGCCAUAUUUUGUUAGAUUUUUCUGUUUCUUUUGGUCCCAAUACACUUGUUAUCAGAAUUAACUCCUCUAUAUGUAUUGGAGGAGUCUAAUCUCUACUGCCUGUUCACACUAAUUGACUGAUAGUCUAGUCUGUUUUUAUCAUCUCGUCGUUUUCAUUGUGAAUGUUUUGAUAUAUAUUUGUGUGUGUUCACAUAGAUAAUUUUUAAAAUUCAUGCCUUCAUGUUCCUCAAAGAUUUAUAUUAUCAGUAUGUCAUGACUUAAGCAAUGCAAUUGUGUAUUAGAACUGUUUGAAUUUUUUAUCAUUACUUUUUUUUUACUAGUUAACAAAUUUUAAAAUUUUAAUUCUUAAUAUUUUUAAAGGAUACCAUGGUAAGUACUUAGCCUUCAAUGUUAACCAGUGGAAUGACUAAAUAUGCUCUAAGCAUACUUAGCUAAGAUUUUUUCUUCUGAAUGUCAUUUCAUUGCUUGAAAGGAAAUUGUUUCUUUUAAAUGAUAAAAAUUAUUUUCAACUUCUUCCCCCCCCCCCUUUUUUUUUAAUAAUAGUUUUGCAAUUUAAAUGCAGCUGUUGUGCCUAUUUUGGAAACAAAAAUUAUUCAAAUUUCUUCAUGUCCUAUAUGUCAGACUAAAAUGUUUUUAUG